AUGCUCGGCCUGGGGCGACGCAUCGUCCAACACAUUCACCUCCCCGCCUCGCCGUCUGAGGGUUUGUAUCCAAGCUACAAAACGGCGGCAGCGGUGCAGGAGCUCCUCCGCCGGCGCUUACUUAAAGGGAAGGAUGAUCAGGCAAGACGUGUCAGGCCGCCACAGACCGUGAUUUCGUUCACACCGGCGCCCACAUACACCUUGGGCCGACGGCAGUUGUCCGCCUCGUCGCUUUCACCCGCUGAAAUUGCCCGUCUCAAGGCCCCGUUGCGGAUCGAGGGGAUAGGAAGCGACGAGAAGGAGCAUGUCUUCCACCCUGCAGUCAUGAACUCGCCUCGCGGCGGGCUGGCGACCUACCACGGGCCGGGCCAGGUCGUUCUCUGGCCUGUCAUGAUGAUACGCGGGCCACCUCACCUCGUGCUAAAGCAAUUUACCGUGCGGUGCUAUUCGCGGCUUCUGGAAGAUACGACGAUCGCAGUGCUACAGAGGCUCUUUGGACUUGCAGGUUUCACGACUGAUGACCCUGGCGUAUGGGUUUCGUCUGGCUUGGGGACGCAGCUACAUCAGCUCCGCAAGAUCUCCGCCAUGGGCAUUCACCUCCGCCGUCACGUAAGCAGUCUCGGUGUGGCUAUCAAUCUCGACAUGCCGACAACAUCCGCCGUUGCUAUGCCGGGCGCGGACGACACGGAUGCCGGCAGCAAGGCAGAGGAAUAUAACCCCUGGGCCCGCUUCGUGGCAUGUGGUCUCGAAGGCAAGGGCGUGACGUGCGUGCAGGAGGAGCUGCUCGCCGCAGAUGGUGCUGGGAUUCCGGGGCUCGAUGCAGAGGUUGUCGCGAAGGUGUGGGUCGAGGAGCUGGCGGGGAGAAUCGGGCACGCUUCUGCUGAUGAAGCGGUGCAUACCGUCCCCAGAGACAAGGUUGAAGAGCUCGUGGCGGAGGCGGAGAGCAGGGGCUUUCUGGACGCCGUGGCCAAGAACGAGAUCUGA